AUGCCCAGCGCGGGCGCCGCCGCUCUCCUCCGCGCGCUGCUCGGCUGAAGGCGCACAGGGCUCAAUUACUGGAAUUGUCAACUCUGCCAAUUUAUGUGCACAUUUCUCUUCCACUAUGAGCAGACCAAUUGUAUUGCACAUUUGUCUGGCAUUCUGUGGCCUUCUACUUCUCAACGUUGCCACACAGUGCGUGGCCUUCCCCAAAAUGGGAAGAAGGGAGAUAGCACAUGGUCUUGCAGAAACAGGGCAGCCAGAGAGGAUGAACACAGAUGACCCAGAAAAUGACUCUAUUACUUCAAAGUGCACUCCCCAGUUGGUAGUCUCUGAAGACCCAAUGAUAGUGUUAGCGGGGCCGUCAGCAACAUCUUUAAAUAAAGUAUUUCCUAUUAACAAAGAAGCUCAUCCAGUAGGAACUGGGCUUAUGCAGCCUAAUAGUCCUGACAUUUACACUGCUACUGAGACAGUGAUCCCUGUGGAGGAGGAAGUGUUUGGGUCCAGCCAGCCAGAGAGAGUGUCUCCUGAAAGCCGACUCUCCAAAGCCAUGCUAACCAACCCUACUGCUGCAACCGCACCUCUGAAUAUGGAUGAGAAGGAGGAACUCUUCAGUAGUACCCUCAUUCAGCCCAUUGCGGAAGGGACCACAGAAGCAACACUGGGUUUUCUGAAGCAUGUGGAUCAUCAGUUGUUUGCAACGGAAAGUCAGGAAAGAUUUAGUCUGGGACAUUUCCCUUCCUCUGAUGUGAAUACUAAAGAAAUGCUGACCACCAGUCCAAGGACAGAGAAGUUUGAAGCUGACGCAGAACAUAGGGCAACUUUUUCCCCUGGUGCUGAGCCCGCAGCAGGCAUGGCGCCUGGAAGCUCCAUGCCUGAUAGGGAGAAGCCUUUGCAGAUGACAGCUGAUCAUACCCAGACUACCGCCACCAAGCACUGGCUCACAACCUCUGAGUACACCCUGAGUGUUGAGCCAGAAACUGACAGGCUGCUGGGAGCCCCAGGAGUCACAGUGAGUGUCAGCACUGCUGUUCCAGCUGCCUCUGUCAUAAGUGAUGAGUGGGAUGACACUAAAUUAGAGAGUGUAAGCCAGAUAAAGAUCCCAAAGCUUGGAGACAAUAUGGAGACCCAGGUGGGAAUGGAAACGUCUCAGACAGCCCGAGUAACAGAUAACGAUGCUAUGGAAGGUAUGGAAGAGGGUGAACCUUUGACAGAGGUUGCAGAUGUGGCUCUGGGGCUGCCAGAAGGGGAAACCCACAUGGGGACAGCCCUGCUGAUGGCACCCGGGGAGGAGCGAUCGUCUGCCUUCACGGAUCAAAGUUCCUUUACUCCCACAAGUUUGAUGGAAGAUAUGAAAGUCUCUGUUGUAACCCUCUUCCAAGAUACUGCAGACUUCAUGGAAUCCACUAAGGAGAAUGAUGCUAUGUUUUUCAUAGAGACCACUGUCUCCAUCUCGGAAUAUGAAUCUGAGGCGCAUCAACUAUUGGGACAUACACUGAAAGACAUCCUCACUCAAGAGAUGACAACAGUUGUUCAAGAAACAGAAGCCACUUUAUCACUGGUGACACAAGAGCAGCAGGUUUCUACCCUCGAGGUUACCAGAGAAAAUGGUAAGACUGAGGAAGGAGAAGAGCCCCCCUCCACCACAUCUGCUGUUCCUGCCGUUACUCAGCUGUCGAGGAGAUGGGAACCUCUGGCCACGACACUUUCCACUGCGGCCACGCCUCUGUCUUUUGAAGUUACUUCUGCUCUGGAAGAUCUAAUGGACACCAUCACAGGGCCAAAUGAGGAAUUGUUCACACCAGUUAUGGGCUCUCCAGUGACUCCGCCUGGAAUAUUGGAGGAAGCACCCAGCAUUUUCCCAGCACUUUCUGAUUCUGAGGCACCCUCUGAGACAAGAACCAUUGUUCCAUCCAUUAGCCGUGUUAAUACAGCUGCCUCAUUUGGCCUGGAACAACUUGAAUCUGAAGAGGGAGAAGAAGAUGAGGAUGAAGAGGAUGAGGAGGAGGAAGAU